CGCAUUCCUAUCCCGCACCCUCCCUCUUCCUCGUCUAGAUCGCACCAUGUUCAGGAGCGGCGCUGUAUCGUCUGCACGUCAGUUCUCUCGCGGCUUUGCGCAGAGACGUCUUGCCUCUACCAAGACUGUCAGAGAAGUCCUUGAGGAAGUAGUGCCCCAGCAGCAACUCAGACUCAAGCAGCUUAAAACCGAGCAUGGGCAGGCCGUCCUCGGUGAUGUCAAGGUCGAACAUGUUGUGGGAGGCAUGAGAGGACUCAAGGCUAUGCUCUGGGAAGCAUCCGUCCUUGAUCCUAACGAGGGGAUUCGGUUCCACGGUUUGACUAUUCCGGACUGCCAGAAGGCUCUCACUCCUGCCCCCGGUGGCAAGGAGAUCAUUGCGGAGAGCAUGUUUUGGCUCCUCCUAACCGGCAAGGUACCCACGGAGGCCGAGACCCGCCAGCUCUCCCGCCAACUGGCUGAGAAGGGUGAUCUGCCUGAAUUCAUUGAGAAGCUGAUUGACUCCUUGCCUCCCACUCUUCACCCCAUGACCCAGCUUGGUAUAGGUGUUGCUGCCUUGAACCACGAUAGUAAGUUCCAGGCGGCGUAUGAGCGCGGCAUCAAGAAGAGCGAGUACUGGACGUACGCGCUCGAGGAUUCCCUCGACCUCCUCGCUCGCCUUCCUGCACUUGCUGCGCGCAUCUACCGCAAUGUGUACAACCCCGGAAAACCCCUCCCAAAGAUCAACAAGGACUUGGACUUGGUCGGCAACUACGUGAACCUGCUCGGAUUUGGCGAUAACCAUGACCUCACCGAGUACCUCCGUCUCUACAUCGCCAUUCACGGUGAUCAUGAGGGCGGUAAUGCGUCGGCGCAUACAUCUCACCUUGUCGGCUCCACUCUAUCUGACCCUUACCUGUCGUACGCGGCCGCCCUGUAUGCGCUCGCCGGCCCUCUGCAUGGCCUUGCCAACCAGGAGGUCCUCCGCUGGCAGAUGAACAUGCAGAAGGAGCUUGGCGGCAACAUCGCUCCCCAGGAUAUCAAAGACUUCCUCUGGAAGACUCUAAAGAGCGGCCAAGUCGUUCCUGGGUACGGCCAUGGUGUUCUCCGGAACCCGGAUCCGCGCUUCAUCGCGCUCCAGGAAUUCUGCGAUACGCGGCCCGAGCUUCUUGCGGACCCCAUCGUCCAGCUCGUCAAAAAGACGUACGAGGUCGCACCUGGUGUUCUCAAAGAGCAUGGCAAGACCAAGAACCCGUACCCCAACGUCGACGCUGCGUCCGGUUGUGUUCUCUAUCACUACGGGCUCACGCAGUUCAAGUACUACACCGUCAUCUUCGGUGUCUCAAGAGCGCUUGGUUGCCUCACGCAGUACGUGUGGUCGAGAGCGCUCGGCCUCCCUAUCGAGCGCCCGAAGUCUUUGUCCAUGGAUGCCAUCGAGAAGCUCAUCAAGCAAUGAGGUGGCAGCGGGCAAUCCUCGCCGUAGACGCAGCUCACCGCUCCAACGCGACGUCCCGAAGAUGCUCGGAUCAACAGGCGAGGAGGAUCAUGAGACACCAAGGGUGCUGCUUGCUGAUUUGGGGAGAAUGGACGUAUUGACAUACAACGGCCAUUCACACACAUCCAUGUGGAGUAGUAAGAUGGAACUGGACGCAUUUAUUGUACAUCAAUUUCGGAUCACUUCAUCCCUGCUAGUGGGAAAGUUCGUACUGAAGCCUUCUGCGAUGAUGAAUGAUUC